GCAUAGUUUCCGGAAAUUAGUAAACUCGUGAUGGCAGGAGGCGAGGCAGAGAGAAGAUGAGCUGUGGAGUAUAUGAAAAGCCAGGCCUUUUGGAAAGGAUUUUCUGAACACAACGACAUCUGUAACUAUAAUGGGAGCGUUAAAAACGACGAAAGGCAGAGGUGUCAGAAAGCCGUGGGCUGACAAUGCGGUGAACUGAAAGACAGAGGAUCUGAGGAUCUGUCACCGACCGCUUACCGCUCGGUUUGCUUCCUAGUCUGGAUUUCCUCACCUUCAGCUAAUAUGACACGACAUGCUCUGGAACAGGUGACAGAUUUCGGGGAUUUUACAAGAGGUAAAGAUCUGAAAGAGUUUUUAAAACAGUCUUAUUCUAACACCUCCUCCAAAAACCGCUUGUCGAACGUUCGAGUUAGUCCAGAUGGGCGACACAUUCACGUUAUCCUCCACACACCGAAAAGUGGUCUUAUGACAUAUGACAAAUAUCAAAGAGCCCAUCUUGUACAAUGCCAGAAGCAUCUCGAUUUAGUACUGACACGGAAUGUUCCAAUAGUUGACCUAAUUUAUUUCGACCAAAGCAACGCAGAAGAUGGUGCCACUCUGCUCGGGGUAAUAUUUGAGAAUGGCAAAGUGGAGUUCUGGAAAUUCUCUGAGCGGAAAUCUGGGUGGAAUCUACUACAAACCUCGGAUCUGUGCAACAGCCCCAGAGCAAAAAUCGUUUCUGUCAGCAUCAGUCAGAAUUUUAUCAUCUGGUGUGAGGAGAGACCCCCCUCAGAAAGCUCUGCAGUCUCCAGCGUGUCUCGCAAUAACUUCAGAUUCUGCAUCUGUAAAAGGACUUUUGAAGUAGAUGAGGUGGGUGUCUGUUUGGGGGGUGUGAAAAUUGCACUGCACAAUAAUCCUCCUUAUCUGAUUGUCAGUUCUGGGGAUAUUGUAUAUUUGUUACCGGACAUAAAAGAGCAUCCACUCAUCACUGUUUCAAAAGUGUUUUUAACAUGGUCCCCUCAGAAUGACAUCUUCAAGGUCCACAGUGUCAGUAUGGGAACUCUCCUUGUCAGAAAUUCCACAGCAAAUAAGGAGUCUGACUUUAAGAGACUGGUCACUGACUGCAUCGGAAUUCUCUCCACCACCAAUCCUCCUGAUAUCUGUGGUUUUUGUCCUGCUGGAUGUGGAGAUCUCCUGCUCCUCCUCAGCUCUGGAUGGGUUUGCGUAAUGCAGAGAGAUGGCAUUCUCCGGCAGAUUUAUAAACUGCCUGACAAUUGCCUUGCUGCCUGUGGGAUACAAAACAGUCUAAACCUUUACCACGAUAUCCUUGCAUUAACAGUAGGCAAGAUGAUGUACUUGAUUGACGCUAAGUGUGGUCUGGAGUUGGAGAGGAUCACUCUAAAAAGGGAGGGCCUCCUCUUUGUGAACUGUUUGGAGAGUCGUUCCCUACAGAUGCUCUCAGAAGCUGGGUUAUUUAUGGUCAUCCAGAGGGAGGUAGAAGCUAAACUCAAGCCAUCAGUAUCUCAUACAGAGAAUAUCAACCCAAGUGCAGUCUUGGCUGAGGCUGUGUUUGAGGAGGCAUGUAAAUAUUACCAACAGCGAAGUCUUAGCACCACACAGCUAACAGCUGAGAAACUCAAGAAGGGCGGGAUGUUUCAGGCACCUAUCUCACUGGCAGCCAUCAUCAGGGAUUACUUGAGCAACCAGAAGAUGAAAACUGCAGGGAAAGAUUCUUCAGGACAUGAGAAACUGUUAAGCUCCCUUGACUCUGAACUCAAGAGUCUUGUUACCCUGGAAGACAUUAAAACAGCAGUGGUGAAGGCCUCAGAGAAGGAUAUAGAGAAUUACUGUGAGACCCUGGUUCAGCAGGAAGUCUCUAGACUACUCAGCUCAGAGAUAGAUAGGGAAAACCUUCAGUACCUGAAUAGUAUCUUCAACCUGUUCCCCACUGAGACUUGGCAAGCCAUACAGGCUAUCCUUCAGCUCAGAUGUAAUGGUGAGGGCUCACUAUCUAGCAAGGCUCCUGCUGAAUUAUGGAAGAUUGUGCUUAGCCCUGUCCAAACAACAGCUAACUUUAACCACUGCAAUGGUCAGCAGAAGCAUGUCCCAGCCAAUGUUUCACUGCCUGUCUUUGAGCUGCUGUGUCAGUCUAUCUUCAAAUUCCAGCCCAGCUGGCUUCCCAGGUUUCUGGAGCUGGCACAGCAGCAGUCUGGUGCCUCCUCCACCUCUUCCUGGAGUUAUGGAGUAAAGGAAAGCUCAGAGAGCCUUCCUUUAUAUAAGCGGGCCCUUGCUGUCCUCCCUUGCAAAGGUGCCUGCCAAGACCUGGAAGUGGAGCUACUCUUGUGUAGUCAGCGGCCUAAUGCAGUAAUGCAAGCCCUCCGCAUCCUCAUGGGGCUAGGACGGUGGGAUCGUGUUACGCAGGUGGCAGAGAGGUUCUGCCGCCAAAGCCCACUUCUCAAAAAAGAGAUUUUCACCACCCUGCUGUGUGAGGUGGCCCAGCAUAGAGACUUGGACCCCUACCUGGACUUACUGUGGACCCUUUGCCCAGAGGACAUGACUGUUACUGGAAUACUGAACAUUGUGCUGAAAAACCUUCCCUCCACCACACAAUCAUCAGGGCCAUUCCAGGGGCAUUCCAAUGGCAGCCAGCUUACCAUCGGGCUCCUGAAACCUCUGCUGAGUAAAGUUCUCCAGCGGGAGACCAAACCUAGCCAGAGGUACGCAGACAUCCUCCAAUCACCCUCCCACCCUCCCCCUACACCCCCACGUCAAGUGAAAGGGCUAGCCAGGGUCAACACUGAGCUGGACAUCGACCUCAGUGAGAGAGGUCCCUCUGAGUCUCAAGUCAGCCCUGCCUGACAUUCCCACCCACAAAUCACCUCACUGUCUUCAAGGACUGUCUUUCAUGCAUGAGAUCUUUGGUUUAUCUUUGGUUUUAGAUGGUCCAGAAUGAGAUAUGGGGCUCUCAGUGAUCAAAAGCUUAAAAAAGAAUUGAUUGGUUUGUAGUGAACAGCAGAGUUAGAGUAUUCUAUUACAGGGUAGUCGGAUUAUAUAAUUGAAAGGUUUUUAUCAUGCCUAAUUUCUUCAGAUGUUUUGUUCAGAGCAACAUUUUACAAAAAGGUUUUUUUUUAACCUUACUUCAUUUCCAUGGGAGGUCAGUGUUUCUAGUAUGGGCACAUUCUCUUUUAACUUAAAUGUGUCAGUUUUGGGAAAACGCAGUAGGCCUUGUUCACCUAUAUCGUUUUUUCUUAAAUUUGUUUUAGAGAAGGUCCUAGGAAAAAGUCUACAUUACAUUCAUGACGUGUUCUUAAACCGCAGAAUUGUUUGCAUUUUGUGCUCUUGAGUGUGCACUGAUUCUGUUUUUACCUAAGAGCAAAUCCCAAAUAACACUGAUGAAUAUCAGAAUCUUUGUGAAAACUGCAUAAGUGGGUUUUAUUUUAAAAUUUCUUCUUGUGGACGGUUGGUGAAUGAUGGUCAGAAGCACAGUGUCCUUAAUCGUCCUUUCAUGGCAUACUGUAGUGAACAUGACUUACAGGUUACUUUGGUUACAAAAGGGCCAUUGAACAAACUUAUUCUAGGCCCCAGACUGGGCUAAGGGUUAGGGAGAAUCAGGGGCCCAGUGGAGCAACUUGAGGCCUGGUGCCUUGUGUAGCUGCAGUGAUUGGAGGACUGGCAGGGACAUUAGAGUAGAACACUUACUUGUUUCUGAUGUGGAACCCCGGUGAGCCACGGCUGCCAGCUCCUGACAGUGAAAUUUUGUUGACACUACAUUACAGAAACUGUAGCUUAAAUGUGCAUCAUAAAUGUCAAGACAUCACAUAUACAUCAUAACAGAGACUUGACUGUUGUCAUUAAUGAGGUGAACAUGCCAUAAUGUAUGACAGUGUAUUGUGUCUUAAAAUAUGCAUGAUUAAUUUUAUGCUUAUAAAUGCCUUUAAAAUAUAGUUUGCUUCUGGAAACAUGACCUUUCACUGAUAUACUGGUGUAGAAACAAUAAAAUAUCAGAAACUGCUCUAAUAUUGAAAAUGUAAUGAAAUAUAAUUAAAGACUAUUGUAUUGUAAGCCAA